UCGUUAUUUGAUUAAUGAUUAUAUAGCCUUCUUAACGCUCUCAAAGCAUUUGUUAGCAAAAUCCUAAUUAAUUGCUAAUUAAAACAAAAUUAUAAAAAUCAUAAAAUCUCAGCUUCUUGUUUCUGAAUUUCCAUUCCCAUUCUCAUUCCAAACAACCCCUCUAAAUCUAACCGUAUGAUCAACGCUCAAAAGUUCCAAUAGCGACGAACCUUUGAACUAGGAGACAAUACGAAGAGAAUAUCCAUGGCGUCCCUUACUCAAAUCUUGAGGCUGCCCAACUCUUCCUUCUCGAGAACUCUAGCCUUAAAAUUCUAUCCAACAAUAACGAAUCAAGAUUGGUUUGCUUGCUCUAUUUUCUACAGUACCAUUCUCUCUUCUACUUGCUCUUUUCGUGCUUUUGGAUCAUUUGCAGGCGAAUCAGGUAAUUUAACUGACGUUUAUCUCUACGGAUUACUAUCCAUAUAUUCAUUUCUGAAGUGAUAUUAUCAGGACCCUUUAUAUGAUUUAGUACACCCAGUGUUUGUUAUAUUGCCCCAUUAAGAAAUUACAAAAGGUUCUUAUUUUUAAGGUUUUAGUAUUUAUAGAAAUUGGUUAAGAUGGUGGGCAACUGGCAAGUUAAAAUGACUUUGUUAAUUGUUUGUGUGGUAAGUCGAAUUUAGAUAUUGGGUAAAUCAUAUGAGUUGGUUCUUUUGAUAAUAAUAUCAAAUUUUAGUUACUGGGUCAUUCAUUUUAGAUAUUGGGUAAAACAUGAAUUGGUUGUUUUGACAAUAAUAUCAAAUUUUGUUUUAAAUAUUGGUUAUCCAGUGCAGUACCAUAGACCACACUAUAAGUUUGUCAUGUACACUUAAUGCUCAUAAGUUACAUCUGAUACCGAAAUUGGUAAUCUUUUGAAAAAAAUAUUUAAAUGUAUAGGUAAAGGUAAUUUUUAUUAGAUUUGUGUCUUUGGAGGUUAUGUUAUGUGUAAAAGUGUGACUUGAGUAUUGAUUCUUUUUUGGUCAAGGAAAAUUAUAUGACAUUAGUUUGUAGAAGAAUUUUGGGACCCCAAAGUUUGGUAGAACAACAUUGUGCAAAACCUUGAGAUUGUUUUUGAUUUGUAAGAAUCACUCGAGGACUUGGCAAGGUACACAUCCUUAGUGUGCUAGGUACAAGUGUGGAUUGAUUAGUAUGGGAUCAAUUCUUGAUGAGCAAGGAAGGUAUAUUUCUCGGACAACUGUGGGAAUAUGUUUGGAUGAAGUGGAGACCAAAUGAACACGUGAAUUCAAGCAAACGAGCUCAGCACAGCCUGCGCUUCACCUGCUCGAACGAGCAGGCAGACCUGCUACGUGCUACCUUCUGUUUUCUUUUAACUUGCUGCGUUUGGCUUAAGCCCUAACUUUGCCUAUGUAUAUCGUUGCAUUCCCUUUGUUGUAACUUUAGCCAAGCUAAGAGUUUAAACCCUCAUACCCCUUUCUUACCGUAAUUCUCUACUCUCCAUUACUUAGUUCCUCACACUCAAAUAGCUCCAAGAUUUAAUCCCUUCAUAUUUUGUUUGAGUUUUCAAGCUUUCCUAAUCUUUAAACAUAAUAAUUGAAAUACACUAGCCUAGGAUGAAAGAUGUAGCCAAAAUUUAGUAAACCUCCUUAAUUCUUGGUGUUAUUGGUUGUAUUUAUUUCAUGCAUCAUCUUAUUGCUUGCAAAUGGUCAUGUCAUUAGUGCACCUUUAGAGCAAUGAUUUCAACCGUUCUUGGGCACCUUGGCUGCUCGUUGCUUUGCUUCCCUAACAGAAUGAGAACUACUCCCUUCUAUUCUUAAUGAAGUUCGCACAAGGAAUUUUCACGGGAAUUAAGAAAAAUAGAGUUAGUGGAAAACAUGUGUGGAACAUAAGGAAUAAAAAAAUGUGAAAAUAAAGUUAUUGAAAGGUAUGACUGGGGACCAUAAACAUUAUUAAAUAUUCAAAUAAGGAUGAACAAGGUUAUUUUGUCUAAAAUGUGUGACAUAAAUAGAAAGAUUUUUUAUGGGAAUAACAAAUAGAACACUCUAAAAUGGCAAAUGAGAAAAUGAGAAUUUCUUGAAGGAACGAAGAGAGUAUAUAAUAAUAAUUGUUGUUAUUAAAGAAAGUAACUACAGCACUUAUUACAUAGGAUGAAAGGGAAAUGGGGAGAAAUUUCCUCACAAUUAUUAGCUAUGUUACUCAGCUUGAUGUAUAGCAUCAGAUACGGAUAGAGAUCAGAUAAUAUGAAGCAUUCAUACAGCCAAAACUAUGUUUCUCAGAUUCUUUAGAGUGUCGUGUUGGGUAAGAGGAUCAAACACUCCAUCAUGGGACUUGUGGAGUUAGUAUGAGACAUGGGGUAACAUAUAUUAUGACGCAUUGGGUAAAACAAAAUUACAAAUUAAAGUUCAUAUCUUUGGCACUAAAUUGGAUCUUAUUUCCUUAUUUAAGUUUAGAAGAUGGCAUGGUAGAUCAUCAAGAGUUCCAAAAGUGGAGUAAUGGAGGUGGAUUGUGUCACAACUUGGCUUGUAUUGAUCCCACAGCAGUUGUUAAAUUCGGUGCUGUUAUCCAUGAAAGAGCUACUUUGGGAGCAAAUGUUCAUGUUGGAUCAGGAUCUGUGGUUGGACCUUGUGUCAGAGUUGGUCAAUCUACUAGCCUCGGGUUCAAUGUUGCAUUGAGUAACUGCUUUAUUGGUGAUUCAUGUGUUUUCCAUAAUGGAGUCUGCAUUGGGCAAGAUGGAUUUGGGUUUUUCAUAGAUGAACAUGGGAACAUGGCAAAGAAGCCUCAGGCACUAUAUGUGAGAAUAGGAAAUCUCGUGGAGAUCGGUGCAAACACUUGUGUUGAUAGAGGAAGUUGGAGAGACACAACAGUUGGGGACUACACCAAGAUAGAUAAUCUAGUGCAGAUUGGCCACAAUGUAAUUAUUGGCAAGAGUUGUCUUCUAUGUGGGCAAGUCGGAAUUGCUGGUUCAGCCACGAUAGGAGACUAUGUUACUUUUGGUGGCAGAGUAGCAGUUUGUGAUCAUGUCUCCAUUGUUUCAAAGAUCAAUGGGUGUAUAGAAUGUAGUGAGCAAUCAUGGAGGGUACAAAAGGGCAGAACUCUGAACUUGCAUCUCCCUUUCCAAUUUUUCAAUAGAUUCGCCUUGCAGCAAACAGUUGUGUCACGAAGGACAUCAAGGAGCCUGGAGACUACGGUGGCUUUCCUGCGGUUCCAGUUCAGCAAUGGCGAAGGCAAAUAGCUGCUCUCCGUCUGAACUAUAUGAAGGAUAUAAAGAACCCUUGAGAAGGAUAACCACGACUUCUGCCUUGAUUAUGGCUAUCUGUGUUUUUGGGUCGAAAGAGUUUAUCAAUAUUCUGAGUUGUUGGUGCAGCUGGCUCGCAGCUAGGCAACUUUGAUGUGCCGUGUACGGCUUCCUGAAGAGAGCAGCAUGCUGUCAGUUUGAGCUGUCAGCAGCUGAAACCCUCAGAAAGAAUUGGUUAGUCGUCAAUCCCUCGUAUUUCAGAGCCGUCUGUUUUCCCAUUCUAUGUUUUAAGCCGAUUACAUGUUCUACAUUUCUUUCUCACUGUUAACGAGCUAUGAAAAUAAUGGUCGAAAAAAGUAAAUUAUCAUAAGCAUUCAACAUUAUUUCAAUACAAUAGCCUGCUUAGAUUAUAUAUAUA